AUGAAGCCUCAGGCAAACUACACGUCGACUGAGAAAAUGUCUGAGAGGAUGAUAACGGCACUGCACAGCUUGAAGAAGACCGUGUGGAUCAGAACAGAGCAGCAGAGUGCUGAUGUGGAUGGUCCGGGGGCGGGGCUUAUAGCAGAGGCCAGUGUCAAAGCUUGCUUCCUUCGAGUGACGAAGCAGUACCUGCCCCACAUAGCGCGUCUCUGUCUGAUUAGCACGUUCCUGGAGGACGGCAUUCGCAUGUGGUUCCAGUGGAGUGAGCAGAAAGAAUAUAUCGAGACGACGUGGGGAUGUGGCUUCUUCCUGGCCACACUGUUUGUUUUAAUCAACUUACUCGGACAGCUGGGUGGUUGUAUACUGAUCCUGAGCAGGAAUUUUGUGCAGUAUGCCUGCUUCGGAUUAUUUGGGAUCAUCGCCUUACAGACUGUUGCCUAUAGCAUUCUUUGGGACCCAAAGUUUUUGAUGAGGAAUCUGGCUCUGGGUGGAGGGCUGCUGCUGCUGCUUGCAGAGUCGCGCUCUGAGGGCAGGAGUAUGUUUGCUGGGGUUCCCACUAUGAGAGAAAGCUCUCCGAAACAGUACAUGCAGCUGGGUGGCAGAGUCCUGCUGGUGCUUAUGUUUAUGACACUGCUGCACUUUGACACAAGCUUCCUCUCGGUGAGCAAAUAUCCUCAGGCUGGUAAAUG